UGGAACACGAUCGCUCCUCAGUCGCGCCUUUUCUACGGGAAAGUCAAGGACGCGCUUUAAAAGUGUCUAACUCGUUUUGACCUAUCGUUAUCUUUCUCGCUCAUCAUUUCGGGAAAGUGCGUCAAAGCUGCUACUUCUUUUUCGUACGUGAGUCAUAGCUUGCUUGCCGAUUGAAAGCCUACUAUACACGAAAAACUCUCGGAAGUUGAGAAUUUACUCGGUCGCAGUUUCGUUAUGGGUUUACGGUGUUUGUUAGUGCGGAUCGCGGAUGAUGUUCGAUCGGAGAUCAGGGUGUCGGGUCUCGAGCGAUCACUGGUCGAGGAUGAGGAGGAGGGGUAUUCUAGUACGGUGGUUGGUCGUGAGCUUAAACGUGAGGUCGAGGUCGAGGUCGGGUCUAGUAGAGACUGCGAACGCCUUGGCAGAAUGUUGACGGCCCGUUCUGGACCUCUAGGGGUGCCCCGAAGUCUGGGACCCCUUGAGGGAAGUGAUCAUCUUUUCCUGCUACCAGAAAGAGCACUAAUUAUGGAUAGCAGUCGUUUGCGUCAGGACUUGGCUGGUCUCGAUUUUAAUCUACGCUUCAACAUUCUUCAAACGGCACCCCGUGGCAACGUCUGGCUAUCUGGAGCCGCUUCUGAGGAAAUUAACCAAAGGACCAGUUCUGCACACAAUCGCCACUCUCUCACGAAGGAAGAAACAAUGCAUUGGUUCGCCCAGAUAGGAGGUGACGGUGGUACUCAUGAUUUUCCAGAUAAUCAUCGGAACGAUGUGAAGCGCCGCCGAAGUCUCUACGAUGAGGACUCCCUCGACGACGAUCGUCCUGACGAGAACGAAGCACGAGACUCAACAGGAAGUGCGAAAGAUGUUGAUAGGGCUAGGCUCGUCCGUGAAAGGCAGAACGAAGAGCGACAACGGAAGCUGGAAGAGCUGAGACAACAUGCACUUGCCGCCCAACGUUUCCGGGAGCAGCGAGAGGAAGAACGUCGAAGACGCAUCGACGAGCUGAGGUCACGAGACAAUGACAGAAGGAACCAGGUAGAAGAAAGGAAACGUUUGAUAUGCGAGGCAGAGCGAGAAAGGCGGGAGGCUAUCCUCCGAAAAAAUCAGGAGAGGGAGGCACGCAUCGAGGCAAAAAAGAAGAAUGAAAGAUCGCACAUCGUUUUUGCGUUCGGCAGUUCGACACCGCGAAUGUUGGAGCCAGCCGAUACCGGUGGUUCGACUUUCUGGGGUACACGCAGAGCCACUUCGACGACCAACGUCAUGAUGUUUUCAGCGGCUCAGCCUUUGACCAGGAGAUCCUCCGAGAGGGAACUCGAUGGCAGCAAGAAAAGAGCUACUUCCGCCGGUGGACUCGACAGAAAGCCCGGCGAAGAUAUGAGAAUGUCCUCGUCCAUGUACGAGGUGUUCAAUUGGAAUUCUAGCCCCGAUCCUCCCUUAACCCCUGGCAAACAUAAGAGAGCCAGCCUCUCUCUGCCUCCUACUACAGACAUCUUUGCCAUCGAUGAUAAGUCUGAUAGCGAUACUAGGCGUCCGAUGAUUCAGCGGGCUGUCAGUGGUGAGGAUAGCGACGGAACCCCAGGAACACCCAGUUCGGUUUAUCUUCGAGUGAAUAGGAGACGUACAGACCUGAUGCCGACGAUACCGUCCCCCCGUGAUGGACCACCGACGUCCGGACGUAGCUCAUCGGCCAAGGCCUUCGCACGUUCUCCAGGUAGGACUUACUCGAUGUCGAGACUGGACCAGCUAUCUCAGCCUAGGAAACGUCCGACAGAGCUUAGUACAUUGACGGAACAGCAAAGUCAGCCUCUCAGUGGUUCUAGCAUGAGUCGCAGCAUGUCGCAUUUGGCUGCUGCCUCAGGAAGCAAGAGCCUUAAGCGCUCGGAUAAUUCUCGUAGCAUGGGUACAUUGCCGGGUGCAGUUCCGAUGCCGAGACCUACCAGGGCUGAAAGAUUGCGUCGAAAGGCUCGUGAGCUUCACAGUCAACAGCAGCAAGGUAUCCGCAGCGGGGAGGUGACGCCGAACAGCCCAUCACGACCGCACAGCUCCAUGAGCCAGCAAAGUGCCAGCAGCGUGGGUAGCAGUAACGUCAAUCUGCGUCCUCGUACGGCUGCUCCGCGUCGACCGCGACCUGCUUCUAUCGCCGGUACCGGCGUUUCGGUCACAGAGCGACACAAUUUCUCAGGUGACGCAAAAUUAACAAAGGAUUCAAAGCCACCACUGCCAAAGGUCCAUAGUACUCCAAAGAAACCCUCUACGCCUAAAGCAAGCGAGAUAAAGAAACCAACGGAAAAAUUAAUAAAAAAUGCAAAGGCAUCGCCACGAAUAACUCCAAAGGCAACGCCUUUGCAGAGUCCAGGUGUCGAGCAUUCGCCUCUGAUACGCGAAGCCACUGAAAUAAUCGGACAUGAUAAUGAUAAUAAAAAUGGUAAAUCGGAAGAAAGGAACGAGGAAAAGAAGGAUCACGGUUCAGAGAAAGCACAGGACGUAGUAGAUUUGGAAUUAGUUGAUAACGAAGAGAAAAACGAUUUUAAAAAUGAUAUUAAAAAUGAAGUUAAGAAUGAGGGCCCGAUAGUCGAACAACCGGUACCAGUAGCCGCUAUCAAACAAGCCAAGGAUGAUAGUAAUUUCAUGCAAGAAACGUUAUCCUCACAAGAAUCUUCCUUGAAGAAAGACGAUAACAAUAAAGUAGAAAAGGUAGAAAAGAAAUUGGCGAUGGAACAGGAAGGAGAUACCGAAGUCGAUAACGAAGAACAGAUCGACAUGUCUGCUUCGAUGAUCGCAAAAAUUAGAAUUACUACAGAAGAGGAGGCCAAAGCAGCCUUGGCGGAACGCAGAAGAUUAGCUCGAGAACAAGCGGAAAGGGAGGCCGAAAUUGAACGUUUACGAUUGGAAGAGGAAGCUCGUUUGGAAGCUGAAAAAUUACGUGCCGAGGAGGAAGAGCAACGACGUUUAGAGGAGGAAACUUUGCGUUUGGCGAACGAAGCACGGCAGGCUGAGGAACAAAGAUUAAAAUUAGCAAUCGAGGAGGCAAAACGUCGUGAGGAGGAAGAUCGAAGAAGACGAGAGGAAGAGGCUCGUCAAAAGCAAGAGAAGGAAGAGGCUGAAAAGAAAGCGCGAGAGGAAGUAGAAAGACAACGAAUCGAAAUGGCUGAACGUUUGAAAAAAGAGGAAGAAGAGAGAAUUGCUAGACGUAAACGCGUUGAGGCGAUUAUGCUCCGAACACGUGGAAAAAAUCAAUCCAAUACACCGACGAAGGGUGAGGGCGGAGAUGGUGAUAAAUUAAAAGAAGAUAGUCCUAGCGACGAAAAUAAAUCAGCUCCAGGUAGUAAAAACGAAGACGUUAUGACAGCGAGUUUAAUAUCUGAAGCUACUCAGCAAUUUAUAAGCAGCGAACAGCGUGCUCAUCACGUAGAAAACGUUACCGCGCCGACUAUCGUGCAUAAUGGCACGCACAGUAAUGGCAUUAAUGAAAAUAAGAUAGUAUUGGAUAAUAAUCAGGGUAACGUCGAAGGAGGAUUAAAUGGUCAUCACACGAAUCACGGGAACGAAAUCAACAGUCAAUCGAUCACACUGGAUAAUGCCACCGUCAAACAAAACAACGUGACCAACAGCCUGUUAGACCUGUCAGAAUUCGAUACUCUGAGUAAUAACAGUAGUGGUCCAACGCUUGAAUUGACGCUCAACAUGGCCAAGGAAGACACGCUCAACUCGAAUUUGAAUCCAGCAGCCAUACCAUUUACACCAAUGGCAAAUACCUUUACGUCUGCUGGUGCUAAUGCUAACAUCAAUCCUUUCCAAGAUGCUUACGUGAAUAAUAAACAACAAGAGAGCAAUCAAAUGUCAGAUCUUUUGUCCUAAGAUUUUUUUAAAAAUCUUCUGGUGAGCUAUCGAGAGAAAGAAUAAAAAAAUUGGAUUCGAUGUCCAGUGUGUCUGUGGCAAUGGAUAUAUUCAAGAUAACGUCGUUUACGAUAAUGUAAAUAAGCGCUUUGAUAUAUGUGUAGAAAAUGAAGAUCCCAGCUAGAAGGAAGGAAUAUUAUAGUUCAGGGAAAAUUAUUUUGCCCUUAAAUCUUUGAACUUUUAACGUUAUUAUCGAUGAAAAUGUAAAAUAAUAUAUAAUAUUAGUCAAUAAUAUGCAACAGCGAUUCUGAGCACUCAGUCUGUCGUAGUAAUUCUACAAUAUAAAGAAAAAAAAAGAAAAGAAAAGAAAAAGAAGAAAAUAUCAACUUGUGAGUUUUUAGAAAUCCAUUGAAAGAUUUACAAAAAAAAAAAGAAGAACUAAAAGGGCUAGGUAGGAGGGGGAAGAAUAUGAAAAAAAUAAGACUUGUUCAUAACGUACAAUUCGAGAUACAUGUAAACAUUAUACUGAAUUUCAUCGAAUCAUUUAUGCGCCCUUUCCUUAUUUUGUCAUUGACGUUUCAUAAUCAGUAAACGUUUAAUAGAAAAUCGAAUGGAAAAAAUAUAAUCAUGCAAAACACAAACUAAGAUACGAUGAUAGUAGAACUUCAAGUGAUUAACCAAGUGUGUAAAACGGCUUGACGAAUAUAGCACAAGAAAAACUAAGGAAAAAAAAAAAAAAAAAA